ACUGUUUACGCACACACAAACACACACAUCCACAUAGAUGUGCAAAAUUACACAAAAGGUGUGUAAUGCUGUCUCGCUUUACAUGUAAUCCCAGUUAAGGUGAUUGCCACAGGUGCUGAUCUUACAUUUGGAGAGCACCUGCAAACAGGAGCACAGCAGAAUGACGAAGAGGAGUUUAUUCCUGAUUCUACUUGCCAUUGUUGACGUGGCCGCUACCAGCAAAAAAGAUACCAGCAAUCGGGAAAAGCGGGAUGCUGUUCUUAUUCGUUCAAAGAGAAGAUGGGUUCUGUCCACUAUUGAUCUGGAAGAGAACAUGCCUGGACCGUAUCCUUCUAUAGUAACACAGAUGUUCAAUGACAAAAAGCAGGAUGACAAUGUCAAGUUCCGCAUCAAAGGAGAUGGAGUGACACAAGGCCCAAUUGGUUUGUUUAGCAUUGAUGAAUACACUGGGAUUUUAUUCGUACACCGGCCCAUCGACAGGGAAAUAAACCCCAUCUUUCAUGUGGACUUUGAUGUGCUGGACAGGCAGACUGGUGCCACAGUGGACAAAACACUGUCAUUUAAUGUAGAAAUAAAGGACAAGAAUGACAACAGUCCUCAGUUCACUCCAAGCACUAUCAGUGCAUCUGUUCCUGAGAACACGCCUGAAGGCACAGUCCAAGCAACAUUACAAGCUUUUGAUAUUGAUCAGAAGGAUACUCCUAAUUCCCAGUUCACCAUGGCGGUGGUGUCACAAGAGCCUGCCUCACCAAAAUUUACCCUGAAGGACUUACCUACCUCUACAGUCAAACAGCUGGCCUUCACAGGAUGCUUUGAUUAUGAUAAAGCAAAACAAUAUAAAGUGCUAGUUGAAGCGAGGGAUCAAGGCACACCUACAAUGUCUUCAACUGCAACUGUUAUUCUGGACAUCACUGAUUCCAACACCCAUCCCCCAGAAUUCAGUUCGGCCACGUACAACACUGAAGUGAUGGAAAUGGAAUUAAAGGAGAUUCUAAGAAUCGGCAUCAAAGACAAGGACACACCUAACACGCCUGGUUCUAAAGCGAAGUUCUCCAUCCUGAAGGGCAAUGAGGACGGAAAUUAUAAGAUUGAGACAGACCCUAAAACCAAUGAAGGUGUGCUCUCUGUUGUCAAGGGGAAGAAUUUUGAGAAAACUGAGAUCACAGACCUGGAGAUAGCAGUCGAGAACGAGGAGAAAUUAUUUCGGUGUGUUGAUGGAAAGGUUGUAACAGGCCCCCUACCAAAGCCAAACACUGCCAAAGUGUCAGUGAAAGUCAUUGAUGUGAAUGAUCCCCCUGUGUUUAAAAAGCAAAUUGAAAAAGUUUACCGGAAUGAAAACGGACCUCCAGGAGAUGUAUUGUUCGUGCCCGAGGUCCAAGAUGAGGACUCGGACGUUAACAAACUCAGGUAUGAGUUAGUUCAAGACCCAGCCAAAUGGGUGAGUAUGGAUCCGAAAUCAGGAAAGAUCACCACAGUCCAGAAGAUGGACUACGAGUCUCCUUUUGUCAAAAAUGGCACCUACACUGUUGUGGUGCAUGCUAUAGAUGACGGACAGCCUUCAGCUACAGGCACAUGUACUGUAGUGGUCUACCUAGGCGACCAGAACGAUAACGCUCCCUAUCUCGUAUCUAAAAAUGCGGUCAUAUGCGGGAACAAAGUCGAUCGUGUGGAUGUGAAACCAACAGACCUUGACGGCCCUCCGUUUGCAGGUCCUUUCUCCUUCUCUCUGGGAGGAGAGGAAGUGCUGAAGAGUCUCUGGAAGCUGGAUCCCACCACAGGAACAAACACCUCUCUGAUAAGUUUGACGAGUCUGCCAUAUGGCAACUACUCCAUUCCUUUGAAGAUACAGGAUCAGCAGGGGCUGCAAAGAGAAGACGUUCUUCAGGUGGUUGUGUGUGAGUGUACGGGAAUCAACACGUGCCGUGGCCGUCUUCCUUUUUCCUCAAGACUGGGUCCAGCAGCCAUCGGUGUCCUGUUUGCUGGACUUCUCCUAUUGGCCUUGCUGCUCCUCUUUUGUUUCCUCUGUGACUGUCAAAGCAAGAAUUUUCAACACAUCCCUCUGAACCUGCAGGAUGAGGGCAACCAAACCCUUGUCAAAUACAAUGAAGAGGGAGGAGGCUCAGUCUAUAAGCCCGAGUCAAUGUAUCUGAAGGAAAGCUUUAAAACUCCUUCUGCACCGCCUGAGUAUUCGGUUACUGAUGGAUACUGGAAGGGGGAAAACAAUACGCUGAGAAGACCUGCAGGGUACAACUUCCAGGAAAUGGGCAGUGGUGGAGGAGUGAUGAGCAUGCCACAUCACAACUGGUCAACGGUCCGAAGGGAAAGGGAAAGUGUUAGGAAUGAAAGUCGCCAGAUGUCGCGCUCAUACAGCUUAGCACGAACAGAAAGAAACCUGGCAGAACAAAUUGACAGGAAAAUCAGCAGCUUUCCGGAAGACCAGAGGGACUAUCCAGCGUAUUCCACAUAUCAGUAUGAAUAUGAGGGGAGGGGCAGUGACUGUCAAUCACUGGAUCAGCUGACUGUUAGCAACCUUGGGGAUAACCUGGACUUCCUGCAGAACCUGGGGCCAAAGUUCAGCACUCUGGGUGGGAUCUGUCAACAGUCAAUGGAGCGCAGGAACGUCCGGCUGUGAAAGUGGGUGAUGAUUUGAGGCCUUAUAUCGCUCCACAUUUUUACAAUACUUGUUCCAGGGUUGUUGCUGGUGUUGUUUUUUUGUUCUUUUUUUUUGUGCUGUGAUUUUUUUAUUUUUUUUUUUGAGGCAGUGCUCUAGGCCAUUCUUGAAUUUGAGCGCCAUGACACCUGUACAGGCACAGGAUGAUUAUGGAUAUAAGCUAUGAACAUCACAUCUUCAGUGCUAAGACUGCCUGGCCUCAAGGAAUACACUGUGCAUUUGUGCUCAUGAUGGAUGUGUAAAGAAGCAUGUUGGGUGCUUGAAAUAAAAACUUGUGUCUGCAUCCCACCAGCUUGUCUGAAAUGAGGCGGUUGGUGGCUUGGACUGUUAGUUUUGGCUGUGACCAGUUUGAUGGCCUGAUAGGCUGCCAUACUGUUCAAAUCUUAAGAUCCUUUUUUUUAUUCUGCAAACACAAAGCCACACAUCACUACAACAAUUAUUUAU